CGUGAAGUUACCCUGCGCCACCAGCCCAGGACCUGUCAGAGUUUACACUCUCAACAGAAACAAACAAGUUUCAUGAAGUUUACACACGUUUCAGCUGGCUUGCUGGAACGAGUAUUUCAACCGCAGAGCAGAUGGGGGGCCACUGAGGCGAGAGGAAGACUAUGCUGAGCGGCGGAGGGCUGAAGGCUGGCGUUGCAGUAAACAGACAUGGAGACCUGCGUGUCAGCCCUGGAGAAAGGCGCGUCGGACCUGACGGUGAUGGAUGUGUACGACAUCGCCGCGGUGGUCGGCCACGAGUUUGAGCGGGUUAUUGACCAGUAUGGCUGCGAGUCGAUGCUGCGGCUGGUGCCCAAAGUGGUGCGGGUCCUGGAGCUGCUGGAGGCGCUGGUCAGCCGCAGCGCCGCCGGGCAGGAGGCCGAGGAGCUGCGGAGGGAGCUGGAGCGGCUGCGGCAGGAGCGGAGCGACCGCAGCGAGCAGGACAGGAGACACCAGAAGGAGCUGGAGCUGGUGGAGGAUGUGUGGAGGGGAGAGGCCCAGGACCUGCUCUCCCAAAUCACUCAGCUUCAGGAAGAGAACAAGAGGCUGCUGGUGAGCCUCUCGGUCAGAGACUCUCCCAUCACAGAGGAGGAGCUGCAGAAGCAGGAGGGAAUGUCAGAGAAGGAAAGACAGAUGAUGAAGAAGCUGAAAGACAUGGUGGAUAAGCAGAGGGAUGAAAUCCGGGCCAAAGACCAUGAGUUAACGCUGAGAAAUGAGGACGUUGACGCGCUCCAGAUGCAGCAGCACCGACUGAUGAAGAUCAACCAGGACCUCCGCCACAGGAUAGGCAUUAUGGAGGCCCAGGGAAAGGCGCUGAUCCAGCAGAGGGCAGAGCUGGAGGCUGCAGCUCAGGCACGGCAGCAGGAGCUGGGGGCUCUGCAGCGGGAAGUGACCCAACUGAGAGAAGAGCGCUGUGAGUGGGAGCUAGAGAGAGAGACGUGUCAGAAAGCAGAGUCCCCUCUCAUCAAGUCUGGGAUGUCACCACCUCCAACAGCACAGAUGGUGUCUGUGGAAGCGGCGGCAGCAGCAGCUGACCCCAUCAAGCAAAAUUCAGUUUGGGUGGAAUGUGGAGGGGAUGUUGGCUUCCUGGCUGAUUGCUUUGAGUCAGACAACAGUCAUUCAGUCCUCCCACGUUCAACAAACAGGGGACUGAAUGAGGAAGAUGGUGGCGAAGAUGAGGACACAGCAGCAUUGUUAUUGGAUGCGUUAUGUGAGGAAGAGGCGGAUGAGGAGACAGACAGCCUGGAGCUGGAGCCAGACAAACCUCGCUUUACCCUGCAGGAGUUGCGGGAUGUCCUGCAGGAGAAGAAUGAGCUCAAGGCCCAAGUGUUCAUGCUGCAGGAGGAGCUAGCAUAUUACAAAAGUGAGGAGGCGGAGGAUGAAGUUAGCUCCUUUGCUUUAAUUCCAUCCUCUGCACCGAGCCCUGCUCCUGUUGAUCAGCCCGAGUCAGGAAUCAGACGCUUGAUCUUUACUGCCAUAAUGCCGAUGGUGGCGGCUGGUUUGAUUCGAGAUGAUCCCACGUUGCUGCCAAUCAGAAGACUUAUUUCCUUUGUAUAGCAUGUUGUUCCGGAGCCAGAGGUGGCUGGGCGGAGCGGCACAUGUGGGAACACCCUGCGCUCACAGCUUCCACAGGAGGAAAAGCCAAAGCAACUUCCACCAGCGGAAGUUUAUUUUCUUGGUGUUUAUUCACAUUCAUGCCAGCAGUACAUAUCAGGAAUAGAUGAUUGGACUCAUCAAGUGAUGGAGAGGUGUAUGAAUGGCAAAUUAUUGGGACGCUGUUUGGUCACAUGACUAUGCAAGCCGCUUGCUGCUGUGUGGUAUGAUAUAAUGUACUUGGUGCCAGUGCCCCAUAUUGACAGGUCUUUAUAAAGCAGUGUAUUUUACUCACAUUGCUACACCUUGUGGUCUAUAAGAGUCUGACUGCACUGCAAACUCAUUCAUCUUUGAAAAGAAGAUUAAAGUUCAGUCAGUGGAUUGCUAGGGUCCGUGAGUGUCUAUUGUAAAAAUUUUAAAAAAGUGUUUUUAAUUUGUGGCAUUGUGCAUCUGUAAAUUAUGAAUUUCGAAAACGUAAUAAAUUUUAUUUUCAUCUUU